UGAUCAUUGUCCGAGCCAUGAUGGUCGCCUCGAGAUCGAAACGAGGUAUUUGAAGCAAAGUGCAAGUCCUACAAAUUUUGAGAAAGAACCUGUGAGAUUUUUACAAAAUGGUCCGUUUUGCUGAAAGUUUUUGGGAUAAAGACCCAACUGGUACUGCAGGAUAUGAUACCAUCAUCAAAAGGCUUAAAGAUGGUAAAAAAGUUUGUGAUGAUCUCGUAGAAUUUCUUAAGCAAAGGGCAAAAGCAGAGGAUGAAUAUGGUAAAGCAUUGAUGAGAAUUUCCCAACAGGCAGGAGCAAGUGAUGAGAUUGGAACUCUGAAGGACUGUAUUGAGAUUUUGAAGAAAGAAACUGAAAGCAUUGGUUUAUCACAUUGUGAACUGUCAAAGAGGAUUGAAGAUGUUGGUAAAAAAGUAGCAACUUUUCGUGAUGAUCAGAAAAAUGAGAGGACCAGGAUGGAUGAGAAAAUGAAGAGAGUCCAGAAGGAAAAGAAAAAUGCAUUUGAAAGUGUUGUUAGGGCUAAAGGAAGAUAUGAGCACAGGUGUAGGGAAUUCGAUAUUGCACACGAGGCUCUUGAGAGCUUGUCAAACUAUACUCCAAAAGAGGAGGAUAAGCACAGAGGCAAAGUGGCAAAGGCGAAAAGUUCACAGGAAAAUGCAGAUCAGCAGUAUCAAAGCAGCGUUCUUCUUCUCAAACAGAUUCAUGAUAUCUGGGAGCAGGAAAUGCAAGUUUCUUGUGACAGGUUCCAGGCAAUGGAAGAGGAGCGUAUCAGGUUUUUAAGAAAUGAAUUAUGGCUUUAUUGUAACGUCAGCUCUCAGAUGAACGUGGAUGAGGACAAGAUGUAUGAAAAUAUGCGCCUUCAGUUGGAAAAAUGUGAUGAUAGCAAAGAUAUAGUCGUGUUUAUUCAUAGCAAGCAAACUGGCUCUGAAAUACCAUCUCCGCUUAAAUAUGAAAACUACUACCACCCAUCGAAGAGAGACGUGGCAGGCUCUGAUCAGAUAAAGCCUAAGUUUCUUUCAUUGGGAAGAAACAUAACGCCCAAGGCUGUCUCGCUCUCGACAUCUACAACCUCAGUUCCAGCUUUUGUAGACUCUGAGGAUGCUGAUGAAGAGUCAGCGUAUUCUGUGGUCAGACCGGAAGUGAUAACACAGAGGAGCAGUCCAUCUAUUGUGGUAGCAUCUUAUGAUUACAACGCCCAAUCACCGAAAGAACUAACCCUAAAAAAGGGAGAUAUACUUCAGGUUUUACAGUACGUGGAUGAAAAUUGGGGUUUUGGAAAAUGCCAGAGAAGUGGGGAAACGGGAGCAUUUCCUUUGCGUUUCGUGCAGAAAUUUGUCAAUUGACUCGGGUUGUUUAGUAGUACAAUUUAACUCAACUGCAGAAACAUAGCAAGGAAUUUCUAUAUAUUUUGUUAUUUAAUCUAUUUAACAUUUCCGUUCCGCUGAGUAAUGAACUUUGCCAUAUUCUGAUUAUCAUUUGUUCCUGUAUUAUUGACACCUUCAGGCUGAUACCAUAGAUGUUAGGCAAGAAAGGUGAAUAACGUGCAUUGCGUUAUGUAAUUUCUCAAAUCUCAAAAUAUUUCUCUACCUGAUUGUUGUUAAUCACCGCUCCAUGAAUCGAAACAUUCAUUGCGAUAUCUACAUCAAAAUGCCUAUAGAUUUGUUGCUACUAGGUUCCAUUGCUUAGUUCUAUGACAGGUGUUUAUUCAGCAUCUUUUCUGGAUUUGUAAUUAUACCUUGUAUGGGUUUAGAUGAUUUCUGUUCUCUUACGGUUACGGUAAACGUUUCUGACACAUUAUUUGGUUUUUUCUUUCUAAAAGCCAGACUAUUCAUGGUAUCGGAUUAACCUAUGUAUCAUUCAAAGCACAAGAAUUUAGUCAUUCAAACUAUAUCAAAAUAGUUUGCAAAUAUCGUAAAAUGAAAAAUUUUAUGUUCCAUAUUUAGAGGAUUUAUGUUUUCUUAAAACAAGCGUUUGAUAUUUCUAACAUUUUUCAAAUUUCCAUGAGCAAGCCUGAUCCUUGUUUGACUAGCCUGGAAAUCUGAAAUUUUAUGAGCAGACUUUGCUGAUAACUUGAUCGUCGAUUCCACAGAAAAUUGUCGAAGCCAACUAAUAUCUUAUUUUAUAGAAAGUCGUUAUUUGAGCAGGAAUCUCCCGUUUUUUGAUAGUCAUUUUCCCCAUUAGUCAGUUUCUGUGUCGUUAUACUGCGUUGACAUGUUUUUGGAAUGUAUUUAAUUGCUAUCAUAAUGAAUUUGGAAUUUUCUUAAUAUUUGUAAUCAAACGGUUUUCUAAUCUAGAAGUAUAGCGUUUUGACAUUAUUUUUAAUACAAGAAUAUAAUUAUUUAAUCAUUUAAUCAAGUGAA